AUGCAAGUUUCAGGUGCAAUCAGCGACGUUUUGGUGGGGCUUCCAUCUUCAUCAUCGCUCCGGCCACCGGAAUUCCGCCAUAUGCAUGCUCACGACGCCAAGAAUUUUCUUUCCGGUCGAUUUCUUAAAAGUUGUCCUCCAUCUUACUUUGUUAAACACAACAAUGAACCCUACAAUUUCCGAGCUAGAAGAUUAUCUGUGAGAGCAUCUGCUGAAUCAAGUGAUAAUUUUGUGCCUUCUCCUCCUCUGGAAUUUGAGUCCCCAGUUGGUCAGUUAUUGGAACAAAUUUUGCAAACUCGUCCUCAUUUAGUUUCAGAAACCAUUGAUCAAGAGCUAGAGAAACUUCUGGCUGAAAGAGAUGCCCACAAAGAAGAAUCUUCUACUUCAGACGUGGAUUCUCUUUAUAAGAGGAUAUCUGAAAUUAAAGAGAGAGAAAAGCGUACAACAUUGGAAGAGAUAAUGUACUGCUCAAUCGUAAACAGAUUUAAAGAGAGCAAAAUUUCAAUGAUACCAAAAAUAUCAACAACCUCAAAUCCUAAUGUUCCAGUGGAUUUAUGGCCAAAUCAAGAAUUUAAGCUAGAAGCUGUUCAUUCUCCAGAGGCAUUUGAGAUGAUACAGAGUCACUUAUCUUUGGUACUAGAAGAACGGGCUGUGGGUCCUCUCCAGACAAUUGUUCAGAUUAGCAAAAUCAAACUGGGAAAGUUAUAUGCUGCUUCAAUAAUGUAUGGAUACUUUCUCAAACGGGUUGAUGAACGGUUUCAACUUGAGAGGUCAACGGGAAUACUUCCACAGGAUGUUAGUAAAGGAAAUAUGAGUUUUGAUGAACCAUCACCGCCAAACAAGCUCUGGGAUUCUGAUUCCUUGAUUAGGAUCUAUCCAGAUGAGGAAGGUUAUUAUGAAAAGGAUUACAUGGAUACUAGUGAAGGAAAAUCAUAUGGACUGAAAGCAUAUGUGAUGCAGUUGGAUGCGGAUACACUUCAGAGACUUGCUUUCUUACGCUCCAAGGAAGCUAUAUCGUUGAUUGAAAAGCAAACUCAGGCUAUCUUUGGAAGGCCUGAUGUUCAGGUUACCGAGGAUGGUUCAAUCAAAACUACCAAUGAUGAAGUACUUUCACUUACCUUCUCAGGCGUGACUAUGCUUGUUUUGGAAGCCGUUGCUUUUGGAUCAUUCCUAUGGGACCAAGAAAACUAUGUUGAUUUUAAGUAUCCUUUUCUUGAUAAGUAG